AUGCUUGCGCUCCGUCUUCCGCUCCGCUUAGCUGCCCGCGCCGCCCCCUCUCACGCCCGCCUCGCUUCCCCUAUAGUCGCAUCUUCCUUGUCUGCCACCAGAGAGUAUCGCACCAAGGCUGACGGCUCUGCUGAUACCAAGAAGCCGACUAAGAAGACCACCAAGAAAUCGGCUGCCCCAAUCUCCAAAUCCGCCCAAAAGAAGGCCGAUGCAAAGGCUGCCUACAAGCUCUUGAGUCCAGAAGAGAAGGCCGAAAUCAGCGCAACAGCAAAAGAGGCAAAGAAGAAGGAAGACAUCAAGCUGCUCAAGGCUCAAGCCCUUGCUCCUCCCAAGUACAGACAGGUCAACCUCUGGUCUAUAUACAUCAAGGAGAACCUGGCCGGCAAAACCGGCAAUGGCCAGGCAACCGAACACAUAAAGGCUCUGGCCCAAGACUUUCGCAACAUCACAUCACGUGAGCGAGAACACCUCAACCACCUCAUGACCGAGCACAACGCAAAGUCUCUGCGCGAGUUCCAGGAAUGGCUCAACUCCCACACCCCAGCUCAGAUCAAGGUUGCCAAUCAAGCCCGUGCCCGCUUGCGUAAAUUGGGUGCUGAAGGCAAGAAGUCUCAGUUCGCCCCCAUCAAGGACGCCCGUCUGCUCAAGAGGCCAUCUGGUCCCUACCUCCACUAUCACAUGGACCGCCUCGCUUCGGGCGAUUUUCGUAAUGUCUCCACUAUCGACGCCUCCAAGGACAUCAGUGUCGAAUUCAAAGCUCUCUCCGCCAGUGAGAAGAAGAAAUACGAAGACCUUGCUGCCAAGGGCCUUGAGAAAUACCUGAGAGAGCACCUCGAAGUCUACGGCUAUGAAUCGCCCUUAGCGUCCAAACCCGCCAAGAAGGCCUUGGCCGAGGCAGACGCUGGUGUUGAGCCUUCCACAUGA